CUUUUGACACCGGAUGUAGAUCUUCCUCUUCCGCCGCGACACCGCCGCCGUAUGCACGAGUGUUCGUUAUCUUUUCUCUCUUUAUGUGAGGCGAAGUAAAUAUACUGGAUUAUCUGGAGACACGUAGCGGUCAACAACAUGAAACCCAUCUUACUUCAGGGCCACGAGAGGUCCAUCACGCAGAUCAAGUACAACAGAGAAGGAGACCUGCUGUUCUCUGUAGCUAAAGACACAGUCACCAACGUGUGGUACUCUGUGAACGGAGAGAGGCUCGGGACCUACAAUGGGCACACAGGAGCUGUGUGGUGUGUCGACUGCGACUGGGACACUAAGAAUGUGUUGACAGGAUCAGCAGACAACAGCUGUCGACUGUGGGACUGUGAGACCGGGAAGCAGCUGGCGUUGCUCAACACCAACUCUGCCGUCAGGACGUGCGGCUUCGAUUUCAGCGGCAACAUCAUCAUGUUCUCCACCGACAAGCAGAUGGGUUACCAGUGUUUCCUGAACUUCUUUGACCUGAGGGACCCUCAGCAGAUAGAGGACAACCAGCCCUACCAGUCCAUACCCUGCAGUGAGCACAAGAUAACCGGUGCCGUGUGGGGGCCUCUGGGGGAGUUCGUCAUCGCAGGACACGAGAACGGCGAGAUCAACCAGUUCAGUGCAAAGUCUGGAGAGGUUCUGAAGAAGGCCAAGGAGCACACCAGGCAGAUCAACGACAUCCAGACAUCUGUAGACCUCACCACGUUCAUCAGCGCCUCCAAGGAUAACACCGCCAAAUUGUUCGACUCCACUUCUCUGGACCACAUCAAGACAUUUAGGACCGAGAGGCCCGUCAACUCCGCUGCCAUCUCCCCCAUAAUGGAUCAUGUGGUGAUGGGAGGUGGACAAGAAGCCAUGGAAGUCACCACCACGUCCACCAGGAUCGGCAAGUUUGAGGCCAGGUUCUUCCACGCUGCCUAUGAGGAGGAGUUCGGCAGGGUCAAAGGUCAUUUUGGUCCCAUCAACUGUGUGGCUUUCCAUCCAGAUGGCAAGAGUUACAGCAGCGGAGGAGAAGACGGCUACGUAAGGAUUCAUUACUUCGACCCACAUUACUUCGACUUUGAGUUGGAGGUGUAAACAACCAUCGGCCUGUUCAGCCCACUGCUCACCUGCGGUUGCAUUUGGAGUGUAAACUAAAAUAAAGACAGAAAAUGAC